AUGCGAUUGGCACGCUCGUCUGCGUCUCUGCGAACCACCCGACACCCCAGCCCACCCAUCUUCGAAAGGUCGUUCCGCGACAAGUUGCCCCUAAACAUGGCACACGACGAGACCUCCGGCGCUUACCAGCCAGGCGCUCCCACAAGCAAGCACGUCCUCACAAGCAGGACAGACACACCCGCCUUCCUAUCGAACGCCAACGCCACAGCCAUCGCCAUCGCCCUACCCAUCGCGACUCUCUUCGGUCUCAUCCUCGCAGCGGGCCUGAUCUGGUUCAUUCUGCGCCGCCGAUCCAGACGCCGGGCUCUGGCGAAAGCAAAGGAGGAGCAGGCCAAGGGCUUUGAGCUGCGGGACGUCGCGCAGGUCAGGGUCCGGGCUGGCGGGAAGGGAAGGGAGGUCUGGGAUGAGGAGGACGCUGGCGGCAGGGCUGGGGGGAAAAAUCACCUUUUCCAUUCGGAUACUGACCGCCGCUGGCCCUCGCAACACAAUUAUGCCACGCCAAGAUCUCGAUGCCGUGCGGUGAAGCGACGGGGACGCGGCCGCCCAAUCGGGAUUCACCACGUCCGUCCCGCUGGGCCACAGGCGCUGGGCAGCAACGCGAGCCGCGGCGGUGAUGGUGGUGAUUCAGACUCGAGGACUCGGGCGACCGAGUCAUUGGGCCGUGAUGGAGGGAAAUGGGGAGGGUAUAUGAAGAAGGGGCUGCAAGCCACGGCGAUCAUCACCAGCACCGCCAACGCCGGCUUUCCCCUUGACGCGCCGUCAACAAUCUCCCGGCGCGCCUGUUCUUCGGAAGGACAGUGGAACUGCCUCACGCGCCAGUGGCAGCGCUGCGCCAGCGGACAGUGGAGCGUCGUCAUGGACCUGGCCGAGGGCACGGCGUGCGCGCCCGCCGGCUUGUCGGACGAGUUCCACGUCGAUCACGCGGGCGGCGGGGGCCGGAGCACCAGCAGCGCGGCGCCGAGCAGGGGCGUGCCGGGGCUGAGCACGGCGGCAGGACGAGGGGUGUCGGUGCUGCGCGGGGUCACGGGUGUCUGCGUUGGGUUUGCGGUCUGGGUCGAGGCGAGGGCGUGGAUCUGA